UUUCUUGAGUCAGCUGAUGCAAUGGGUUUACUAUUUUUGGUUAUGUAUUUGGAUUCUGCAUUCUUCUUUACAAAAAAAUAGUGUUGUAUCUUCUUGAAUGUUUAAUUAUUUUUAAAUAACUGACUCUAUGAUUUUUAUAAAGUAUUGGUUUAUUACAGCUAUGAUUUAAUGCUAUCCGUUGGACAGAGAUUUCUAUUUUGUUCUGUUUAAAAUAGUAAAGUAUAAGGCCAUUAUCAGCAGUAUGGACAAAAAAGAUAUUAAAGAAUAUUUCUGUGGGAUCAUGAAGAAGGAGAAAGAUGUCUCUGCUGGAAUCGCAACAAUUCGAACUCUGCUAAAAUAUCUUGAGCAUGACACGUCUGAAACCGUUCAGGAAUUAGAUGCAAAUCUGAAGAAAGCUGUUGAUGUUAUGAGGAACACAGACAUGCCAGUUACAGCCGUAGCUUCUGGCAGUGAAUUGUUUCUCAGGUUUAUAACUUUGGCUGCUCUAGAUGUUAAGACUUUUGCUGAAUGUAAGAAAAUUAUGCUUCAUCGAGGCGAAUUUUUCCUAAAGAAGCUCAUGGAAGCGAGAGGAAAAGUUGGAAAACUGGCAUCGACUUUCAUAUUUGAUGGCGCUAAAAUAUUGCUGCAUUCCAAGUCGAGAGUUGUUCUUUGUGCAAUGGAAGAAGCGGUCAAACAGAAUAAGAGGUUCGAGGUGUAUGUUACGAAAUCUGCCCCAGAUAGUAGUGGGGAGCAAAUGGCUAGGGACUUGGAAAAGAUCAAUGUUCCAUGUACGGUUAUAUUGGACUCUGCCAUUGGAUAUGUCAUGGAACAAGUUGAUAUGGUGAUGGUGGGAGCAGAAGGUGUAGUGGAAAGUGGAGGUAUUAUCAAUAAGGUUGGUAGCUUUACAAUGGCGGUAUGUGCAAGAGAAAUGAAGAAGCCAUUCUAUGUUCUGACCGAGAGCUUCAAAUUCGCCAGACUCUAUCCUCUGAAUCAGAGAGACCUGCCAAAUGAAUUCAAGUAUCCAGCCAGUAUGUUGAAGAAGGACGUCAGUAAGGAGCAUCCUCUAGUGGACUACACUCCACCAGCUUAUAUCACACAUCUUUUCACUGAUCUUGGAAUUCUGACUCCUUCGGCUGUUAGUGAUGAACUCAUAAGAUUAUAUCUGUGAUUUUGUAUUAAAGUUUUUAUUCUAAA